CGGAUCGUUUGCGUGACUGCGUGACAGUCGUGUACGUGAUAAACACCGGCAAUGUAUAAUUAAAUAUUCAUUUAUUUUAAUAUUUAAUACAGAUAAAAUAAAACAUUAGAUCUCAUCUUCAGAAUAUAAAUGAUAUUUUUAUUGUCUGCUUCAAUGCAUUCACAUUAUCCCAAUUUUCCCCGACAGAAUAUUUCAUGCAAGUCUAUAACGUUUCAUUUAUGGCAACAUUUUAACAUUUUUGCUUGAUACUGUCAUUGAAUGACAUUUCCUGUGUUAGACACAGAGUUUUUUCUAUACAAAAAUACUAUCGCCAUUAUAAUGAACAAAUUGUUGCAAACGGCAGCACUUUUCGAAGCUUCUUAAUUAAUGUUAAACAUAUCGCUAAAUUGAUUGGUAUAGAUUAUUAAAUUUUGCAACGAAUCGAAUAUCGAAUGGAAUUUUGGUUGUGAUUCAAGUUGAAGAGUGAAUAAAAGUGAUUGAAUAUGUCAUUUGGUAGUUCGAAUCCACCAUGGCAGCGGAAUACGCUGGGAAACAGUGGUCAACAAAAUGCCAUAGCCAAUUUGCAGUCACAAAUGAUGAACACGAAUUUUGUUGGUUUUCAAAGUUUAGCGAUGUCAAAUCAAGCGCAGCAGAACAAUUUAACACUGAUUCCACAGAUCGGAGCUAACAUCAACACACUGAACAACACAAAUGCAUUGUUUGCGAAUCAUCAACAAAUUCAGUAUCAAAAUCGUCCGACGUUGAAUCCAAAUGCCUUUGGUCAGGUGCAAACGACACAACAAAUCAUUCAUCAUCAAACGCAAUCCCAACCGAAUCAGCCACAGACACAUCAAAAUAAUGCCACCUCUCAAAUGUGUAAUAGUUCGGCAUUCAAGUGGAAUACGAAUUUAGUUCAACAAGUGACCGCAUCGAAUCAAGGCCAUAAUAUGAGCGUACGAUCAAAUGUAAAUCAGUCACAAUUACAACAUCCAGUGCAGUCGUCACAACAGCAACAACAGCAGCAGCAGCAAUCAACGCGAAACUUCAGUUCGUCACAGUCACAGAGUAGUUAUGGCAAUAGCUUUGAACGUGCAUCGAAUUCAGUGCGGAGCUCGACUCAUUCGUCAAGACAAUCAUCGCCACCCGCCAGACGAGGCACACCGGAACGCAGCAGCCGACGCGAAGAAGACGAACGAAAGAGACGUAAAGAACGAGAACGGGAACGUGAAAAGGAGCAAGAAAAGCGAGAUGAUCGCAGUCCAGUACGGAGAAUAUCUCCACGGCGUAGAACUAGACCGAUUCCACGAUACAUGGUUCAAGUCCCGAAAAUGACAUUGAAUGCAACUGAGGCCGACAUUCUCGAGAUGCGUCGACGCUACAGCAACCUCUAUGUCCCAUCCGAUUUCUUUUUCUCGCGUAUUAGCUGGUCGGAAUCAUUUCCCUGUCAUGCUCCAUUCUCAAUCAAAAAGCCGUCCGCUUUUCAUAUCUUUCACAAAAGUGUCGAAAAUCCAAAUGGUGCUGACAAUGGAGCAGUAUUUGAACCGCCUGAUGCCGACGACACCUUUUCAGCCAAGGUGAUGCUAAUGAGUGUCCCACCGAUGAGUGAAUUUUAUCGCAAAUGUUUUACAAAUGCUGAUGAAAAAGAGCGUGACGAUUUAUUACAUCCAUCGCGUUUAAUCAGCUUCUUGGUUGGAGUAUUGGGUAAAAAUGAGACGAUGCCAAUUGGAGGUGCAUGGUCACCAUCGCUUGAUGGUCCAAAUCCGGACAAAAAUCCGGAAGUUUUGAUAAGGACAGCAAUUCGUACAUGUAAAGCAUUGACUGGCAUUGAUUUGUCACCAUGUACGCAGUGGUACCGUUUUGUCGAACUGUAUUACAGACGCGUUGAAAGCGUACGCAAAGGCCGAACAAUUCCAGCACGUACACAAACAGUUGUUAUUUUUUUGCCAGACGUUCGAUCAUGUUUGCCAACCAGACUGGAAUGGGAUGAACUUAAUAUAAUAUAUAAAAACCAUUUGGAAAUGAAAAAGCAAGCAAGCAUCGAUGGCGAAGAACAAUCAAAGUCAUCCAAAUCAACGGAAUUGAGUGCUAACGAUGGCAGUAAUAAUGCUGACGUUGAAAUGACUGACGAAUCGAACAAAUUGGAACAAGAGUCUUCUCACAACGUUGGCGAUGACGAAUGUUUGGAUAAAAUUGCUGACUCAAGCGAAAUAAAGGCUACAACGGAUACCAAAUCAACGGGCACAACAGCUAUUUUAAAGGUUGCGACAUCGAAGAACGAACCGAAACAUUUUUCGGAUUUGGAUGUGAAAACAAUGAAAAUCCAAGAAUUGAGAGAUCAGCUAGAUGCCAGAGGUCUUUCGUCGAAAGGUUUAAAGCCACAACUGGUUGCCCGCCUCUCGAAGGCUUUGAAAGCGGAAGAAAGUGAAUCGGUUUGUGCAGAAAAUCAAAACCAGAGCAAUAUUGAUGCUGCAGAAGCUCAAGUGGCCAGCAACAGCAUCAAUGAAUUGCACGAAUUUGCUUCAAGCGAUAGCAUGGACAUUGAUUUGGCUGACAUUGUCGUCAUAGACGAGUACGAUUCAACGAAGAAUGAGAGCAAGCACGAAUCAAGCUCGAAAAGGAGUUCAUCGAAAAAAGCUGAUGAGCGUGAGAAUCGUUGGCUGGAAAAGCGCUAUCGCUUACCCGAAAAUCCCCAAAUCCUUUGCCAUCCAGUUCAGCACACUUCAAUCGAUAAGUUUACAUGUGAAGUGAGAUCGCUUUCAAUUUUGCUGGACUAUCGUCCCGAAGACACGAAAAAAUCAUGCUUCGAAGUGUCAUUGUUUGCCGAACUAUUCAACGAAAUGUUAAUGCGUGAUUUUGGCUUCAACAUUUACAAGGUUCUGCAUUCGAUGCCCGAGCCAGAACAAUCAGAGCAUGAAUCUAAAGAGCGUCGUGACAAGUCGGUCGAUGAUGAGCCGAAAGAGAAGCGACAUCGAAAAGACAAUGAGGUGUCAAGUGAGUCAAAAUCAUCGAAAAAGGACGAUUCAAGCAGCACAACCAGUCACGAAAAAUCGAAGACGUCAGAAACUGACAAGGAAUCAAAGAGUAGCAAAGAUGUUCGGUCCAAAGACAAGGAGAAAGAGAAGAGUAGCCGUGAACGUCGAACAAGCCGCAGAGAAGAUGACAGUGAUGAUGAACGUUCGGUGGAUGGCAAAAGACGCUUGGUCACAGUAGAUCCUGAUUUGCUGCUGUCAUUCGUCUAUUUCGAUCAAACACAUUGCGGCUACAUAUUUAGCAAUCACUUGGAAGAACUCUUCUAUUCACUGGGAUUGCGUUUGUCACGAUCGGAUACGAAAAAGAUAAUCAACAAAGUUGCGCCACGAUCACUGUUCUAUAGAAAACUGACUGAUAAACCAAAAGAUGAACCGCUACCGGCUAUCCUAUCAGAAUCUAUGGAAAAUCUCGAAGAGCUUGGAAAGGGCAACACUUGUCUGCUGCCAAUCUUUGGUAAUCAAACAAGUGUUAAGAAGAUAGAACAGGUUUCUAGUGAAGAAAAUGCAAAAACUGAACCAACUAAAGCUGACAAAGUCAGUGAAUCGAGUGAAAAUGUGGGUGAGAGUCACAUGGUGAUGCAUAAGGGUGCACUUAUCGAUGUGGAAAAACUGCUUCAACAAUUGAAUCGAUCGGAGAAAGCGCGCGAAGAGACCGAACUUCGUUUGACCGAACUGACUAAAACACAAGCCGAUCUACAGUCGAGCAGUUCUAAGGCCAAGGAUAAAAUCAAAGACUUGCAAUCGGAGUUAAAGAGCUGCCAUCGCAAAAUUAACGAUGCAGACAUCAAUUUGAGCAGUGCAAAUAAAAAAUGCUCGGAGUACUAUUCGAUUUUAUGUGGCAUUCAUGACAAAGUCAGUCCCAUAUUUAUCAAAAGUGAACGAAAUGCAUCGAAAAAGGAGUCAUCAUCACGCGACAAGGAUCGGCGUGAUCGCGAAAAAGAGAAAGACAAGGAAAGAGAGAAGGAGAAGGAGAAGGAGAAGGAGAAAGAGAAAGAUAAAAACAAUGGUGCUUCAUCGAACAAAGAUAAGGAAGUGAAAGAUUCGAAGGAGAAAGUGACCGAAACUAAAUCGGACAUCAAGCUGGAAAAACAAGAGAAACCGGAUAAACAGGAAGAAACUUAAAUAUCAUUGCAACACAUGACAUUAACACAGUGGUCAUAGCUAUCUUUAUUCUAUUCACAAAAUGCUUUUACAAUUGUACUCAAACAAGAAUAUUUUAAUGGAUCCCCACAGUCGUUUUGUUUACGCUAACAAAUAUAUUUAUUAUGAAUAAUAA